CGGCGCGUCUCCACUCACAGCGCAGUGGUACGGCCUGGCGGGUGGAGGGCCCUGCGACCCCAGUGCGACCCGGCGACCCCGGCUGCUUCGGCCACCAUGCCGCGCUCUUUCCUCGUCAGGAAGUCCGCCUGCUCCCGCCGGAGGCCCAACUACAGCGAGCUGCACGACUCCUCUCCGGAGUUCACCUUCCAGCAGCCCUAUGACCAGGCCCACCUGCUGGCGGCCAUCCCACCUCCUGAGGUGCUCAACCCCACGGCCUCACUGCCCACGCUCAUCUGGGACUCUCUCCUGGCACCCCAGGCCCAGCCAAUCGGCUGGGCCUCCCUCCUGCCCCAGGAGAUCCCCAAGGCUGUGGAGCUGACCUCCCUGUCGGACGAGGACAGUGGGAAAGGCUCCCAGCCCCCCAGCCCACCCUCGCCGACUCCUUCGUCCUUCUCUUCCACCUCGGCCUCCUCCCUGGAGGCUGAGGGCUACGCCGCCUUCCCAGGCUUGGGCCAGUUGCCCAAGCAGCUGGCCGGGCUCUCCGUGGCCAAGGACCCCCAGUCGCGCAAGGCCUUCAACUGCAAGUACUGCAGCAAGGAGUACGUCAGCCUGGGCGCCCUCAAGAUGCACAUCCGCAGCCACACGCUGCCCUGCGUCUGUGGCACCUGCGGGAAGGCCUUCUCCAGGCCCUGGCUGCUGCAGGGCCACGUCCGGACCCACACCGGCGAGAAGCCCUUCUCCUGCUCGCACUGCAGCCGCGCCUUCGCCGACCGCUCCAAUCUGCGGGCGCACCUCCAGACGCACUCGGACGUCAAGAAGUACCAGUGCUCGGCGUGCUCGCGCACCUUCUCCCGCAUGUCCCUGCUCCACAAGCACCAGGAGUCGGGCUGCGCCGGGGGCCCCCGCUGACCCGAGAGGCUCCUUCCGCUGCUCCGGACCCCGCAGCGCAGCGGCCUCCCCAGCUCCAGGAGGAAGGCCCCGGUCCUCCUCGCUGCCACGGAAUCCCUUCUGAGCCCCCUCCUGGCUGCAUGGACGUCGCAGGACUCUGAGGGCCAUUGUCCGGCUCUCUGUGCUCUGGGUGCCUCCGUGGGCUCUGCGAGAGGCCUUCCCGUGGACCUUUCUGUGGGCGGCGUUGGGAGGGUGGAUGGCAGGUUUGCAGCGGAGAGCCCUCCCGGCAGCCGCUGCUCCAGAGCCCUCUGGAGUGGCCUUUCUCUGUUGGUUCGUGUAUCCAAAGCUGUCUGGAUACAGCUGCUUCCAGCUCCAAGACAAAAGCUGGCAGACUGUUGGGAAGCUCCCACCCCACUCAGGGGACCCCAGCCCUCCAGGAGCCCUCAGGCCACCCCUCCAGGAGGGGUGACUAACUAUGCAAUGAUCCCCCCAGGUGCACCCUCGGGGCCUGGGGCGCAGUCGGACACAGAGAGGUGUCUAGACCCCAGGAUGCCCCAGGCCUGGGCAGCUAUUUCAGCCUCCUGCUUGUCGUGGUGACACCUGUUUCACGGGCAAUUGAACAGUGUCUCAAAAGGGGCAGUGAGUAAUUGCCAUCACUUGUCGGGGCCUGAGUGGGGCACUUUGGCCCCACCAGUGUGUCUCCCAGAACUAUUUUCGGGGCCCGACAGGUGGGCCCGGGAGGAAGAUGUUUACAUUUUUAAAGGUACACUGGUAUUUAUAUUUGGAGCAACAUUUUGUACUAAGGAAACGUUUUGUAUAGUUAUAUGUUGUACAGUUUAUUGAUAUUCAAUAAAGCGGUUAAUUUAUAUAUAAAAAAGUCUACUCGGUUUUAUAGAGGAGUGAGGGAGGAGGGGCAGGCGAUCGCGGAGCUCAGAUACUCCUGACACAGCCUUAAAUCUCGGCCUCUUAAACGUCCCGUGACUUUGGACUUCUUGGUUUUACCGUCAGGGCCCUUGUUUGUGCAAAUGGGUUUUCCUCCGAGCCUGGGUGUCCUGCGGAGGUGGAGGGUGGGAAACACCCGUGGGCCCGUGAGCAGCAGGGGUGUGCACGCAGGUUCCUUGCACUCUACGCCGUGGCCCUCAUUUGUCCUCUCAGUCUCCUGUUUUGAAGCUCAGCAGGUCCCAGGGUGAGGGGCGGGCGCCCUGGGUCUCAUCAACCAGACAGGCUUUGCCCCAGCACGGCCGGUCUUUUGGGCAGGGAUUGGCCGCUUCUCCAGGGAGGGAGUGGAAUGCAAUGAGCAAGGAGGGGACAGAGGAUGUCCUUCCUGUUUCCAAGGGCUCUGGGCCCCGCUCCGGCCUCCCUGUCCGACCCACACCUCUGUCUGGCCGCUGGGUACCAAAUGGCCUUUGAUUCGAGGAAGUUGGCUGGCUGGAGCCGGGAGGGUGAGAAGCCAGGCCAAAGGGUUAGGGGUCACUCAGCUUCCUGCUGGAGGACAGGACGGGAAGAUGGUCAGCUCGCGUCCUGGGCUGGGAUAAUUCAUUCCCGGCCGGCUGGCUGGCGUGGUGACCUCACCUCUGGGGCGCUCCUGGGGCCAGGAGAAAAUGAGUGUCCUUUCUGAGCACAAAAGGUGCGAAGGUGCCAGUUCCCUGCGGGGAGCUGAGCGGGCUGCGCAGGCGUCCCGAGCUCCGGAGCCCCAGAGUCAGGCGGGGGUGGGGGAGCUGCAUGUUCCAAAGGAGAGAUGAUUCUUUCUUCUAAACAGGAAACGGUGACCCGCAGGCCGGGAGCAGCUCUUAAUGACUUGCAGCUUUCCUCCCAAAAGAAAAAAAAGUUCUCUAACAAUCGCCAAAUUGUAGGCGGC